UCAAGAAGACAACUAAGGCUAGAGAAGUAGCCUCCAUCAAUUGAUUAUUAGGUGGCAGCAGUCGCCUGUCUUUGCAGAUUCAAACUAACCAGCACAUUUUAAUUUCAAUUUAAUCUACAGUGUGGAUAGACAGUAAUAUUGGGACUGCGUGUUGUGUCUUAAAAGUCUCUAAGGACUGCGAGUUCUGUCACAGCAAGCAAAUUAUUGAAAGAUUGAAACUUAAAAAAAACAACAAAAACCACAACAAGCCAAUAGAAUCUUAGUUUGGAGGACCCUUUAAAGGUCAUGACAACUGAAAAAAUUCGAUUGAGUCCUGAAGGGCGUGAACACGCUGAAGAGAACCACUGCUUUCCUGAAGUGUGAAGAGGCUCCAGAGUCUAGCAGGGACUUUUUGCCCUACUUAAAAAUAAGCUAACACCACUUUGCAAUUCUCUGCGAGUGACACGAGGACUCUGUCACUUUAGUCUCUUCUCCCCGGAGCCCUCCCACACCUUGCAAGGGUUCUUUGACGCCAGGCGUGCACAGGGCACCGCAAGGCUGCUGGUCCCCAGUGUCCGCUCUGCCAGCUCGCUGUGACGAGUUGUGAGCGGUGGCUGCCGCCUGUUGAUCCCAUUUCCUCCGGCUCUAGCCCGGGUUAGGGAGUGGCUCUCCCAGGACUUCCACUGUUUUCGUGCUCAGGCACUGGUGUUUCACACGGCUCCAGUGCAUUGUUUUCUUCCAGGCGGUCUCGGUUAGACCUUCAGCCUAGACAUUUAUUUGCAUUCUGUCCUCUCGGGCUGCUUGUACUCUCUCGUUUCUGCGCUCUCUCCACGCCCUUCCCGGUUUCCUGUUAGCCAAAGGGAUCGCUCUUUCUGAACGAAAAGUUCUCAGAGCGGAGUGGAAGCUCCCGGAAAAUGCUCUUCUCUUCCGUGUGCGCCGGAUGGAGGUGGGGGUGGGCCAGAAACUAAAGGCCACGGGUCGGGAGAGCUGAAAGGACCCGAACCCCAAGGCGGAGGCGGGAGAGGAGUCAGAGAGGAUGGCCGGGGCCGGCAGCCAGCACCACCCUCCGGGCGCCGCGGGAGGAGCGGCCGCCGGGGCCAGCGCCGCGGUCAACCCCGCCACCGCCUCGGCGGGGCCUGGAGAGGAUUCUUCCGACAGUGAAGCGGAGCAAGAGGGACCCCAGAAACUGAUCCGCAAAGUGUCCACCUCCGGGCAGAUCCGGACCAAGACCAGUAUUAAAGAGGGACAACUGUUGAAGCAAACCAGUUCUUUCCAAAGGUGGAAAAAGCGAUACUUCAAACUUCGAGGUCGUACACUUUAUUAUGCAAAGGACUCAAAGUCUCUGAUAUUUGAUGAAGUUGACCUCUCAGAUGCCAGUGUAGCUGAAGCCAGCACAAAAAAUGCUAACAACAGCUUCACGAUAAUCACUCCAUUCAGAAGACUCAUGCUGUGUGCUGAGAACAGAAAAGAGAUGGAGGAUUGGAUCAGCUCGCUCAAGUCUGUACAGACCAGAGACCCUUACGAGGUGGCCCAGUUUAAUGUGGAACAUUUCUCAGGGAUGCAUAACUGGUACGCCUGCUCCCAUGCCCGACCCACUUUCUGUAACGUGUGCCGAGAGAGUCUUUCUGGAGUCACCUCCCACGGCCUGUCCUGCGAAGUGUGUAAAUUCAAAGCUCAUAAAAGGUGUGCAGUGAGAGCGACAAAUAACUGCAAAUGGACGACCUUGGCCUCCAUCGGGAAGGACAUCAUAGAGGACGAAGAUGGCGUGGCCAUGCCCCACCAGUGGCUCGAGGGUAACUUGCCCGUGAGCGCCAAGUGUGCUGUCUGUGACAAGACAUGCGGCAGUGUCCUCCGUCUUCAGGACUGGAAAUGCCUCUGGUGUAAAACGAUGGUACACACUGCCUGCAAAGAUUUGUACCAUCCUAUCUGUCCACUUGGCCAGUGUAAAGUAUCUGUCAUCCCUCCAAUUGCACUAAACAGCACCGAUUCUGAUGGUUUCUGUAGAGCCACGUUUUCAUUCUGUGUUAGUCCUCUAUUGGUUUUUGUCAAUUCUAAGAGUGGAGAUAAUCAGGGAGUAAAGUUUCUUCGGCGAUUUAAACAGUUACUAAAUCCGGCUCAGGUGUUUGAUUUAAUGAAUGGAGGUCCUCAUUUAGGUUUAAGAUUAUUCCAAAAGUUCGACAAUUUCCGGAUUCUUGUUUGCGGAGGAGACGGCAGUGUGGGUUGGGUUUUGUCAGAAAUCGACAAGCUCAACUUGAAUAAACAGUGUCAGCUGGGAGUCCUGCCUCUGGGGACAGGCAACGACCUGGCCCGGGUUCUUGGCUGGGGCGGCUCCUACGAUGACGACACCCAACUUCCUCAGAUACUUGAGAAGCUGGAACGAGCCAGUACCAAAAUGCUGGACAGGUGGAGUAUAAUGACCUAUGAACUCAAGCUGCCACCAAAGGCUUCUCUACUUCCAGAACCUCCGGAAGCAUCUGACGAAUUUUAUAUGACAAUUUAUGAAGACUCAGUGGCAGCUCAUCUUACAAAAAUCCUCAAUUCUGAUGAACAUGCAGUGGUCAUAUCAUCUGCCAAGAUACUUUGCGAAACCGUAAAGGACUUUGUUGCCAAAGUAGAGAAGGCACAUGAAAAAACGCUGGACAAAGCUGUUGUAGCCGACGCCGUGGCCAGUAAAUGUUCGGUCCUAAAUGAGAAGCUGGAACAGCUGCUCCAGGCUUUGCACACAGAUUCCCAGGCUGCCUCCGUUCUCCCGGGCCUCAGCCCUCUCAUCGUGGAAGAAGAUCCUGUGGAAUCUUCCAGUGAAGAAUCUUUGUGCGAAAGCCGGGAACAGCUCUUGGACGACACUCCAAAACCUUCGUCCCAGAAAGCCAUCAAACCCAGGGAGAUAAUGCUGCGAGCAAACAGUUUAAAGAAGGCAGUGAGGCAAGUCAUUGAAGAGGCUGGAAAAGUUAUGGAUGACCAGACGGUUCAUGCCUCUGAACCAGUUAAUCAGUCAUUCGAUUACGAUAGCACAGAAACAGAUGAGUCUAAGGAAGAAUCAAAAGAAGACGAUGCAAAAGAGUCCGUAACUGUUAAAACUGCACCUCGGUCUCCAGAUGGCCGGGCAAGUCGUCCCCAAACCGACUCUGGCCCUGGUCCAGCUGUGGCAGCCAGCAAAGAAAACCUCCCUGUGCUCAAUACCAGAAUAAUCUGCCCAGGUUUAAGAGCAGGACUAGCUGCCUCCAUUGCUGGGAGUUCUAUUAUCAACAAAAUGUUACUAGCAAAUAUCGAUCCUUUUGGUGCAACGCCAUUUAUUGACCCAGAUCCAGAUUCCGUAGAUGGAUAUUCAGAAAAAUGUGUCAUGAACAAUUACUUUGGGAUUGGUUUGGAUGCCAAAAUUUCUUUAGAAUUUAAUAAUAAGAGAGAGGAGCACCCUGAAAAAUGCAGGAGCCGAACUAAAAACUUGAUGUGGUAUGGAGUCCUGGGAACCAGAGAGUUAUUACAGAGAUCAUACAAGAAUUUGGAACAGAGGGUUCAACUUGAGUGUGACGGGCAAUACAUUCCUCUUCCCAGUCUUCAAGGAAUAGCGGUGCUGAACAUUCCCAGCUAUGCCGGAGGCACUAACUUCUGGGGUGGAACGAAGGAAGACGAUAUAUUUGCUGCACCGUCAUUUGAUGACAAGAUCCUGGAAGUUGUUGCAAUAUUUGAUAGCAUGCAAAUGGCAGUUUCAAGGGUCAUUAAACUGCAGCACCACCGAAUAGCUCAGUGCCGUACUGUAAAAAUCACUAUAUUUGGUGAUGAGGGAGUUCCAGUGCAGGUGGAUGGAGAAGCGUGGGUUCAGCCUCCAGGGAUUAUCAAAAUUGUGCACAAAAACAGAGCCCAGAUGCUCACAAGGGACCGGGCUUUCGAAAGCACUUUGAAAUCUUGGGAAGAUAAGCAGAAGGGUGAUUCCGGUAAACCCGUGCUUCGAACCCAUUUGUACAUCCAGCAGGCGGCUGACCUGGCGACGGAAGAGGUGUCUCAGAUGCAGCUGUGCUCUCAGGCUGCAGAGGAGCUCAUUACCAGGAUUUGUGAUGCAGCCACCAUCCACUGUCUUUUGGAACAGGAGCUGGCGCACGCGGUGAAUGCCUGUUCCCACGCACUGAACAAAGCCAACCCACGCUUUCCAGAGAGUCUUACGAGAGACACUGCCACUGAAAUAGCCAUCAAUGUGAAGGCCCUAUAUAAUGAAACAGAAUCUUUACUAGUUGGCAGGGUUCCUUUGCAGUUGGAAUCUCCACAUGAAGAGCGGGUAUCCAACGCCUUACAUUCCGUGGAGGUGGAGCUGCAGAAACUAACAGAGAUCCCUUGGCUUUAUUACAUCUUACACCCAAAUGAGGAUGAGGAGCCCCCAAUGGAUUGCACCAAGAGAAACAGCAGAAGUACGGUCUUUCGCAUUGUGCCCAAAUUCAAAAAGGAAAAGGUUCAGAAGCAGAAGACAAGUUCACAGCCUGUUCAGAAAUGGGGCACAGAGGAAGUUGCUGCUUGGCUGGAUCUGCUCAAUUUGGGAGAGUACAAAGAAAUCUUCAUCCGUCAUGACAUCAGAGGGGCUGAACUUUUGCAUCUGGAAAGGCGAGAUCUUAAGGACCUGGGGAUACCGAAAGUGGGUCAUGUGAAGCGCAUUCUCCAGGGAAUUAAAGAGCUUGGAAGGAGCACUCCCCAGUCUGAGGUGUAAUCACAUUGGUGCUAUUCCUUGGAAGGGAAGUGAUUGCGACUCAAUACAAAGUCCUUGGGAGCCACUGGCUGUUCUGGUAGUUUCUGCCCAGAUAAGUAAGCACCACUGAGGCACCUCGAUGGCUUGAUAUUUUGCUGCGGGUGAACGUUUUGAUGUGUGGUAUCGGAAAAUAUUUUUUUGUGCCAAAAAAAAUAUAUUCCACAAAGCCAUUUUCUUACUGUGCAAACCUGACACGUUCAAAUAUGCUCAUAUUGGUAAAAAGGUAACAGGGAGCUGAGACCAUUGACUUGGCUAAAAGGUGGAAUUGCCAAAUGUUUACUUUCUUUUAACCUGGUCAGAUGGAAUGUUCUUACUGUGCAACCACAUGACAGUGUGAGACUAAAACUUCUUGGGUUUAAUUACUGGAGGCAUUGGCUUCUCUCUUCAAUUCAUUGGCUAGAAGACUUAAGAUGUAAAUUAAGCUGUGGUUUGAAUUGGCAUCACCUCAGAUUCUUAGCACUCAGUGGUCAGAGAGUUUGGUCAAUACCCCUCAAAUACUAUGAAUGAAUGCACAUCUUAAUGCACGGUG